CAUAUAACCAAUGUUUUUAUUAUUAAGUCAUGCCAAGUACUCGCCUGAUGUCCGCAGAACUCACUCCACAAUGGAAGUUUCUUACAAAAUUUUAUUCGUAAUAUCUUUGACAAUAAAUGUGUGUAUUCUGUUCAGUGUCUUAUUGCCCGCGUUUUUUCGUCUGUUAAUGCGGCGGGUUUUGAGUGCUCAGUUAUUGAGUCUUUAUAAAGAAUCAGUGGAGGAAAACCCUGCUUUCUGCAGAAGACUGUAAGUACAUUUAAACUUUGUAAAUGAAAUAGACUGUGAUGAAAUAAAUGCGUGCUCUAGAACUGUUUAUAGAUACUACAAUAUUUUUUUUACAGUAAUAUAUUCAAAAUUGUGAAUUUUCUUGAUUUAUUUUUAUAGUUAUUUAAAUAAUUAAUAGUAUUAUAAUGAUUGCAAAUGCUUGUUGAUGGAAAUGCGCUUCACUGAAUACGAAAGUAUAAAUUUUACACACUAUUUUCAAACGUUAAUUUUACCGAAUCCAAUCCAUAUAUACAUAUAUAUACAUGUAUAUGGGGCAUGAAAUCUUUAUUAAUUCAGAUGAAGGACCGAUUUUAAAAAGACAAAAACACCAAUAGGAACCAAUAGAAAAUAGACUGUUAAUUAAUGAGUUAUUAUACGUAUCUCAUUUUUAUCUAAACUGUGUACAGUUAUAUAUGCAGUCCUGUUACUUCAUCAUUGGUCACAAGCAAGGAUCAGUAGAUUAUGAUCAUAGUCUUAUAUAUAGUUUCUAUAGUAUAGACGUUGCGGUCCAAGGAAUUUUCUUCCUGUUGCACUAUUGGCUGAAGUACAAGCACCACGCAGCUGACAAUUUAUGAAGCCUAUAGGGGUUUCAAAAUAUGUAUUUUAGUUAACAAAACUCAUGUAGUGUGCUGGUCACCUCAAUAACACGGGAACUAGAUAUGCUCAAAUUUGGAAACGUUUCAGCAAUAGGAGGUCGUGAUAUCUGAAACGCGUCUGAGGGAAGUUAAAGUCUCACCAACUCUGACCUCGUUUUAACAUCCGCUGCCCGCGUGGCAAAGUUAUAAUUGCAUGCAUUUCAACACGUUGUUAACGGUGGAAGUCCAAAUAUAGGAAAUAUGUAGGAAGAUACUGAAGAAUACAACCUACAGGUUUUAUUUUUUAUGCUUUAUAUCAGAGGUGCUUUAUGUACACUAUAAUUUAUGCAACAAAUGUUUCCUUGUAUGUAUCAAAAAGUUCCUUAUCACACAAUACUAAUCACUUAUGAAAACUUAUCUGUAGUGAGAACUACUCAUAUUAAACAAGGAAACUGAUUUCAUUAAAUUGUUUAAUUAAACUGUCCUGAAGAACACCCGGAGGAGCAUUUAAAAUGAUAAUGAAAACAAACUAUAGUUGAAACAAAAUGUUCAGUGAUAAUAAAACCUGAACAUGGAUCGAUACCGUCAAUGCAUCAUAUAUGUACCACUUUUGGAGUUUUGCUAUUUAGCUUUUAAUUAAAUUUGGUACUGGCGCAACGUCCUAAAUCCUAACCCAAUCCUGACCCUAUUAAAUCAUAAGCCCACAGUAAACAGUAACACACGAAUCCUGUUUUGGUUAUGCGGUGCAGUACUGACAGUCAGAGUUCAAGCGAUUAACAUUGCGAUUAAUUAAGUGAUAUCACUGUCAGUGAUGAGAUAUGCACGGGUUCUUAUAUUUGAUCAACGACUACACUUCCUGCAUGACCUGACUAUCCUGGAGCUGACAUAUAAUACUUAUGGAUGCUGCAUGUCAGUUUAGCAAGUUACGUAGUAAUUUACCUUCCAAGGGUGUUCAAACAUCAAAGUUCUAUAUUGCCAACUUUAAGGAUGUCCAUUCAUGCACUGCAGAUAUGGAGGAAUUGCAUGCGCGAUGACUGCUAGGUUUGAUAAAACGUAAAAUUAAGAAACAUCUGUCAAAGACGAAGUCAAUUACUUCCAUAUUUAUAAAUCACUGUUUCUGCAGCUAGAUCGUGCUAUAUUCCCUAAUUAUAAUUAUAAUAGCUUAGUUAAUGUAUUAUAGGAGAUAUGAGUAUUCGAUCUGUUCAAAUGCGCAAUUAAAAUUAACUAAAAUAUCAUCUAUUGCUAUGGUAGUUCACAAGGUAGUUUAUAUGCAGCUGUGGAAUGCGGUAGCGAGUUAAUUAUUAUUGACAAAUGCCAAUAUUCAAUAUCAAGUUUCAAUUUGCUCUUCUGACUGCCAAGCGACAAGCUCGCCCAUUCUUUUAUUUCACUCGUUUUCACAAUGUGGCGAUGCACUACGAUGCGAGUCGACUUGUAUAGAAAGUCUAGUAAAGAACGAACUGAUGAAAUUAAAGCAAAUGCGCGCAAAAAUAUCUUCGUGGUUUCACCCUAGGUGGCUUGGACGAAACCAAUCCAAAAAAUUCUUAGGGAAGUUUUAUGGUAUAAAGAAUUUCAAUCUCAAUAUUAUAUAGAAUAAAAUGACUCUUCCGGUGUCAGCUGCAUGUCAAACAAUAUGCAUGAGUUAAGAAAGUGAGCACCAAAUAUCAUUUAUUUGUUUUAAUAACUAAUUUUGGUGCCCAGUAGCAAUGAUUAAAGUAGAACGAAAUCCAGGAAGUGUGCACCGACGAGGUUGCGACUUUACUAUACUUACUAAACCUGUAAUAUUUGCCAAUUCAAUUGACUCCCAUUGCCCGGCAAUUUCAAUACGCAGUUUCAUAUUAAUAUGAAACUAGUUUUUCGUAUCUCUGAGGAUCGUUCUGAAAUUCAAUACGCCUGCAGCAUAAAGUAAAUUAAUGAAUGACAGAACUCAAGAUUCGGAUAACUAAACAAUUUUAAUGGAGCCUCAAUUUCUUACUUCAUGUUGAAUAGUUGAAUAUUAUGUUGUUGUGUUAUGUUCACGUAAAAAUGCAGCAUUGUUUCUAGUCCUAUAUACAGUAUUGUACAACUCCUGCAUCAUAAUGUCGUUUACAUUGUGAUGUUUUAUUGUUUUACACUGCAUGUCGACAACGCCGUCCCGUGUUUAUUUCCGAUUUGGCUACUAAUCUUCAAUCAACAUAUACGAACCAAAUCCUUUUUGUUCAGAAUCGGUCGUACAGACUAAUUUUCUAUAGUUCGGAUUUUCCCACCCAUAAAAUAGUUUUUAUUUCGGUUACGUCGAGGGAUAACGAGGGACUAACUCUAAUAUUAAAUUCCCCAAGAGUUGCCUGCAAAGUAGGCUAGCCACGUACCCCCAUACGUCCCCGUUAUAUUUAUUCUUCAAAGCCGCCAAUUGAGCAACAACAUGCACCACAAGACAAUUGCAAUAACAAGUCACAAGAAGAACGAAAUCACAACGAAAACCCUAUACGGUUACCAAUUAGCCUGGCUUUCUCACGCCGCCAUUUUUGGGUGGCAUUUCAGCCGAAGUCUGCGAGAUAAGUCCACAUAACAGGACUUUUUAUAAUGUUUUUCACAAAUGAUGGUAAAUUUGCUUUGCAAAUGGUUAGUUUAUUCUGAAAAAUUGAUUUUCACAUUGUUUUAAUUGUGUGCAUUGGUUAACGAGAAUUAUAUAGAUGCCACCCAAAAAUGGCGGAUAUUCGUCAUCGUGAGAAAGGCUAAUUGGCACAGAUACGUGUAGUUAGGAUACUAAGGAUAGUACAGAAAAGUAUUUCAACAGAAGAUUUUUAUUUUCUUGUAGGUAUCUGGAUGUAAUGUUCACUGGAGUUUCAUUAUUGACUGGAAUGAUCUUACUGUUUGUAAGCGACGUGUUACAACAACCAUUUUUGAGUGCUAGUCCAAGUUUGAUUAUUGUUUUUUCAGUUGCUGUUGGUUGGCAAAUCUUUAAAAUACUUCAGAAUGCCUGUGACCCAGAUAAGACAUCAAAACAUUCAAAAAUAACGAAUGUGUUACGUUUAGUAGCUAUUUUCUUGUACGCAUCAACUCUGGUAUAUAGACAAAAUACGAUAUUGGCAACUAUGGGGUUAGUUGUUGAAGCGCAUACCGCAUUUUUCAAAAUGGAUAAACUUUGGAGAAUUCUAAAAGUGCCUGAACCAAGUACACUGUAUUUCAAGUCUAGCCUGGUUACCAGUCUCUCUGCUGUGUUGUUACGUGCUAUUUUCCCAUUGGUUACACUAAUUGUGACGUCGCGAUUUCAUUUAAAUGAAAUUCUAUUUAUGGAUUAUCUUCCGCUCGCUGUAUUUUUCCUUUCCCUCGUGUUCUACACCGCAGCGAACACUUGGUUUAUCAAAGUUUCAUUGGAAGUUUCACACAGAUCAUAUUUGAGCAAAGUGAGAAUAAAAAAGAACAGACUGUUAUACAAUGUGACUCCUACCAUUCCUAAUUAUAUUCAUAAUAAUUUAUGGACAGGAAAGGGACGAGCUUGUAUAGUCAAUAUGAACGUGGAUCCUCCAAUGGACUCUCACGACAUUUAGCGAGACAAAGUAUACAAAUCAUCUUAUAAAUAGGGAGAGUACGGAAUGGAUCCACAAAAUAUUUGGUAAAGGAAGGGGGGGGGGGGGGGG